AUGUCCGACUCUGAAGAUCUCCACAUCCCCGCCGGCGUACUAGCCAACGCUCCAUUCAGCCUUCCCAAUCCGGACGAGACCGACGACUUGGAGGAAGGCAUCAGUCACGAAAGAGCCCACAUUGAGCCCAGGGGGGCUACUCCGGGUACUCCGGACGGCUAUACUAUUCAGGGCGUCAUUCAUGAAAUUCACGGUAGAAUCAAGGCAGACAUAGAGGACAUGCUGGCAGACUUUCGCGGCAGGCUCAAGGGACUUCGUUCCUCAGCUGUCCAGGUACGCAUGGAGACACCAAACAAUUCCAAAUAA